GUCCGUGUCCCAGAAUGCAGUUUGGUAAACAGAGAUGGAAGCACCUGGUCCGGACCUCCACAGUCAGUGAGCACUGCAAUCGCGAUUUUUUUAACGAUCACAUCCGUUUAAUAUAACCUGCGGUCAUCGGAUUGCGGUCUGCCAAUGUCUAUAUUUGUAUUUUACGGCGUUUUAUAAUCAGGUGUGUUCAGAUAUCAUAAGAUGUUAGUAUGUAACUCAUCUUGAUUCUGCCUUUUAACUGGCACAGGAGACUCGCAGCAGCCACACCAAUGAAGUGAAGCUAAUCUGACGAAUUGGCUUCUCUCGUUUCGUGUCUGGGAAGCUGUGAACUCCGGCACACAUCACAGAUCACGACUCUGAGUUAGUUUCAGCUCUGGAGCAGCUGACCGCAGGCAGGAGUCUGCAGGCCUUUUGGGGGCCUUUGAAAUGCGGAAAGAAUGUCGGAAAGGGCCGAUUGUGACGUCAGAAAGGAGCAGCGCAGAGCGGCCAGGCAGCCAAAGCAGCAACAGCGGCACAUCCAGCAGGGAGAAGCCUCUACAGCAAUGGCGACUGUAGGGGAGCGCAGAUCUCUACCCAGUCCAGAAAUCGUGCUGGGACAGCCUUGGAGCGACUGGCUGGAUGUCGCGAAACUCCACGGGAACGACGGUGCGGAAUCUGAAGAAAGUUUGAAAGAGUUCGGGAAAAAUCGAGAAGCCAUGAGGCUCUGCAGAGACGACAUGCCCAUAUUUGGCCAGUUCCCGGCACAGGAUGACUUCUUCCUGGUGAUGUGCAGCCACUGUGGUCAGGUGGUCAAGCCACAGGCCUUCCAAGCACAUUAUGAGAGAAGACACAGCUCGGCCAGUAAGCCCCCCUUAGUGCCCGUGAUGACCUAUCCGCUGUCUGGCCUGCCGAAGACCGGCACGGGGAUGGGAUGGGGGGGCAGUGGACGUCCUGCCUCUGGGAACGGAGCUGCCCUGCCUCCACCCAAAGUCGUCAAGGUGGCCAAAGAGAAGAUGCCGGUGCAUAGGGGGCCGCCGUUUCCAUUUAAGGUGCUUCCUGACAAAACGUUGACUUCAGCCGCAAAAGUGGAGAAGCCAGAGCCAUCGCCGAAGCUCUCCCACAGCUCCACGUCGUCUGCCACUGUGAGCCCCCCCACGAAGCUCAGCCUUAACUACCCCUCCAUACCAAAGGCGCCCCUGUCGUGCCCGGGCCCAGUGCUAAAUGGCCAGGGCCUUUAUGCCGACAGGAAGCAGGACACUAACCGCAGACAGCUGCACAGGAGGUUACCUGCAGAGUUCAAUCCAGAUGUCCACUGUGGAGUCCUGGACCUAGUAGCACGAAAGCCAUGCACAAGGUCUCUCACAUGCAAGACACAUUCCUUAAGCCAGCGGAGGGCCGUGCCGGGAAGGAGGAAGCGAUUCGACGCCCUGCUGGCCGAGCAUAAGAGCCGGGCCCGGGACCGGGAGCUGCAGCGUGGCUCAGAGCUCCCCCAGCAGACCCCCCUCCUCAGGGACCCUCACCCCUCCCCCGCCCGACCCGGCCUGGAGCACCACCCCGCUCCCCCGAGCGCCGGCGAGCCCAAAGCCCCCAACCCCAGUCUUCCGCGGCUGACCUGCGGCUCCUCACACACUGUUGGAAGCUCUCAGGGAGACCCCAGGCUGACCCAGGGCUCACCGCAUCAGCCCACCUGCAUUGCUGACGGGGUGUCCCACCUCUCCAGUGACGAGGGCGAGAACGAGGAGCGGGAAGAGGGCUUGGAGAAACUGGACUGCCACUAUUCGGGUUACCACCCCCGGCCGGCAGCUUACUGCACCUUUGAUGGCCGACUGUUCGGGAGAGGCUGCUAUGUGUUCGGCCGACGAUGGGACCGAGUUCGGAGCACCUUCAGCACCAUGGUGGACAAACACGUCAGCUCCCACCUCUGGAAGAAAAUCCCCCCAGCCCCGGAGAGCUCGCCAUCCACCAUGGCGCACAGGACAAGCACAAGCUCCCUGCUGCAGUCUCACACCCCCUAUCCGGCCACCAGCCUGUCCCCCCCCCUCUACGCACAGUCACUCGACAACAAAUCCGUGCCGUCGUAUGGGACAGCCCUAACUGCCCGCACGCCUCCCCCGAGCGCCGCGGACCACCCCGCCCACAGCGCACCUUCUAGACAAGUGUCUUCGUCGCCCCAGAUGCCUUCGGUCUUCUCGACCGUGCCCGGUCGGCCACCCAAGCCCAGACCCAGCAGCAAGUCCCUCAGGUCCAAGGAGUCCUUGGGCAGCGGCUGUAACAGCACCGGUGGCGGGGGGGGCUCGGCCAAGAAGAGGAAGAACAGCUCGCCUCUGCCCUCGCAUCCCCCCUACCCCGCGGAGCCGUCCCCCUCUUCCUCCUUCAAGAAGAACUGUGCCGUGACCUCGGGUGGCUCAGGGAGCGCCUUCCACCCGCCGCUUGGCUACUCCUCCUCCUCUUCCUCGCACAGCGGCAUACACAGCCUGGGUUUCAACAGUGCCCCCAGCAGGACGAACUCUCUCGGUCUCAAGCAGGAGCAGCCUGGCAGGGUCCCGACGUCGGGAAGCCCCGCAGAGUCCAUCAAACGCAUGAGCGUGGUGAUGAACAGCAGUGACUCCACCCUCUCCCUCGGGCCCUUCGUCCACCAGGGGGCCUCCGAGCAGCAGACGGGCUUCAGCCACACGCGUGGCGUCGCCGACGGCCAGCCGGAGGGCAGGAAGCGGAAAGGCCCCCCCAGCGUGGGAGGUAUCCACGGCAGCCCAGGGAGACCCAAGGUGGCCAAGUCGCUGUCCAUCAACAACAUCCAUGGCAAACAUGGCCGUGGUAUCCCAGGGACGCAGGGCCUGGCGAACAGCUCGCUCAUACAACAGCCAAAGGCGCGUCCCUGACGAAGGGCCCCGCUUCCUGCCUGGCCGAACCCCAUGAUGUAAGCAGGACGGUGCCAGCUUCAGCACUCUGAACUGCACAGGGCCUUUUACCUGUUAAUUUCAGCUUCCCAUGAUCCUCAGGGGUGGAGAGAAAAUGGACAGUCACUGGUAUCCUGUUUGGAGCGGCGCCCCCUGCUGGGGAUGGGGUCAGGCCUUUGCAGUGCUUCAUUAGAAGACAGUUGUGAGUUGUCCCUGUGCCCAUUCAAUGUUCGACUUACGGUACAGAUAAGGGCUGGUUCUCGCAGCGAUGUGCCUAUAUCCAAGCACUAGGGGGCGAGUCGGUCGUGGAUGGAGGUGCACUGUUUGUGCUUUCGUCAGGUCAGACUCUGCUUAACUACUGCGAGUAAAACCCCAGACUGCCUAAAAUAAAGCCUCACGAUGGGUGCACUUCCAAAAUGGACACAAACUACUUUUAUUCCCCAUACACUGGUUCAUCUUAGAGAUAUUUUCCCCAGCAGCACAAUGCUGGUUAGCUUGACGUGUAACACAGGGACGGUCUGGAUGCUCGGAGGGAUGCGGGUCGAUGCUGAGGAUGCCUACACCCUGCUUUUCUUUUCAGGAUUCCUGUCCUGAUGUGUCGAUCCAUUCAAAUGUGUAUUUGGUUGAAACUUUCAUCACUGGUUUAUGCAAGGGAGGUUACUGAGUGCCGGCAGUUCUCUGCGUUUAGUUUACACUAUGUCUGUCCCUGUGAAGAUGAAAGAGGGAGAGAGAAGCACGUCAGCCUUAAGUAAUGGAGAGCAUCUCCUGAUCUGCUGGACAGGAGGUCUCACCUGCUUGACAGGUCGGUCUCGCAGGGUGAAAACCUGGACUUGUUUCCCCUUGGACUUUAAAUCAUCACAGCAAGUACUUGAUACCGAUUACCUUACACAGAAUCUGGAGAUUUACCUAAUUUCUCUUCUUGUUCAUUAGGCUCUGUGGCUUGUUUUAACACAGAUUGUUCAAAUUAAUUGCAGAAUCCUUGUUCAGUAAUUCGUAAAUUUUCGAACCAUGGGAUAAACAUAUGGACAGACUGGAGAACAACUUCAGAUCAACUUCAGAUCAACCUGGAAAUGACAUAAUAUUCCCCCAGUGCCACCGACCACCUGCCAGUCAACCGAGAGACUCCCUAUACUGUGAAUAGUAUUGAUCUAAAGCAAAAUGCCACUAUGUGUACAUAGAUAAUGCCCCUCCCGGCCCCCCAAGAGCGGCACUGUGUGAAGUGUGUGGGCAGGUAUUUACUGCUGUCGUUUGUUUCCUGUGAGCAUCUCUCCUUAAGGCUUCAUCAACAGACUCGACCCCACCCAUCAAGUUGCGGGUCAGGUCGAAUUCUCUGAAGUCUUCGUACCUGCCACAGACAUGUUCUCACACCAUUGGUGUGCAGUGCUUUGCAUUCUGGGUAUUUUUGGUUUGCGUCUUAGAGAGCCGUGUGUGGAAAAGGGUUCCACGUGCCGAUGGCUAAUAUUGUAACACUUAUUCCUGACCCUAUUGAUGGCAGUCACCAUAAGUGUUUUGUAUGUUUUUUUUUUUCCUUGUAUUAUACAAAUAUUGAAGUAUCCCUAUUUCAGAAUACAUAUUUUGUUAAGUGUACAUAUUUAAAUAUGUAUUUUUGCACAGGUGUUUUUUCCUACAUACGAUUUUGGUACAAUUUUGAGAUCAUCAUUAUUUAUUUACUAAAUGAUUAAUUAAAAUAAGACUUUUAUUAUUUGAAGUGGUUCACUGCCAAGCCAAUAAUGUGACAUGUCUAACAGCCAAGUGACUCAUCUCCUACGUCCCUGUCUGAAAAGGUGAGGCGACGCGUGACGCAUGGCGGUCCGCGUUUGUCAUCGGCAGCUUGGUUCUCAGCCGGUGAUUCCGUGAACGCGACCCCCGUCGGCACCUCGUCAUGGUCUCCUGGGGGGGCGCUUGCACGACUUUGGGAUGGAUGGGGAAAUGUGUCACUCCUCGCCUUCAGGGGACAGAGUCAGAAUGAGGAUGUGGGCUCUACCACUGUUGCCAAACUAACAUUUUACACGCGUAACUGAGUUUUAUUUGCAGAUUUUUAAACUCGAACACUGAGGGAGAAAAAGUGCCUGAUUUUGACUUCAGAAAGACAGACCUGUCUGAUGGCAUUUAGCAGCUUAUUUUAUUCCCGAACAGCAGCUUGGUCCUGCUGACAAAGACCCCCCCCCCCCUUUAAACGCCGUAAAGGUGGCUGCAUACUUCAAAAGAUGUCUAUCAUUUGGGGACAAAAACUUCAUUCAGUUCAUUGUGUCUGAGCACAGUAGACGUGUAUACGCUAUUUGAAUUAGUGUCGCUUGUGAAGUGUUUCUGGGCCCGGCGUGAGACUGGAACCCGCUCAUGUCCAGGCCACGGAAAAGCAGCUUCUCAGCUAUGCAGUGUGGCUCACUUCCUUACCUGCCGUGUUCCGAACCUCCCCCUCACUGCUCUGCCAGUGCUGCCCUGUGAAAUCUCGCACGGUGAGGCACCACAGCUGUGUAAUGUGAGGGGCCGGGGGGCAGCUUCACUGUUAAGGACUGUACUCUUCUGCAUAUGAGAUUCAAUGCAUUUGACUAUCCAGUGGCUGUGUAACUAAUGGGGAAAAAGCAGGACAGACUCCUUAAUAUUUAAGAUUGUAUAGAUAUUUGUUUUUUAACAAGUUUCUGUAAAUAAAAUAAUUUAUACACCUAUUUAUAAGUAAAGUAAAAAAAAAACGAA